AUGAGCAAACCUAAAUUCUUACUAUAAUUUGCUCGUAAAGAAGCAAGGUAAUAAGAGGAUAAACUUCUUGAAUUGGAAGCUAUGAGUAAUGUUGAAAAAGAGAUACAACUUCUUGAUAAUAACGAGUAAAUUCAAAUAUAUAAAAAUAGUGUAUGGAAAUCAAAGCCACUUAAGAUUAUUUAGAAAGUUGCUAUUUUCAUAACAAAAAUGAAGCACUUUUCAACUCAAUAUAGAUUUAAAAUUUUGAAUAAGGAUAUAUUCAAUUUGAUCCAUGAUCUUAGCAGUUCAUUUCAAUAUUAUCUGUAUAAUCAUCUUUUGGAUUCAAAACCUACUAAAGUAUGAUUAUAAUAUAUAAUUCAUACUAGUAUGGUGAAAUUAAGUAUGAGGGUAAAUAAAACAAUGCUUUUUGGUGGAGAAUAUGGGCAUUUCUUAAGAGUAAUUAAACAGUUCUUUUGCCAGCAGAUAAAUUUCUAUUUGUAUGGGAUGUCAUCUUAAUGUUUGUGACAAUAGUCAAUAUCUUAUAUGUUCCACUAUAAUUGUCUUUUGAUUUGAAUAAGGACCAAAUAGGAAAUGCUUAUUUAUUAUUUAGUACCUUACCAAGUAGUGUAUUUUUGAUGGAGUUAAUUCUAAACUUCUUUAAGGGUUAUUAUGCAAAGGGAAUCUUACACACUUCAAAGAAAGAUAUAUUUUGGCAUUAUAUAAAGGGAGAAUUUUUUCUUGAUUUGACAGUUGUAUUACCAUUUAUAUUAUCAUGGUUUGGAUUUUAAUUUGCAAACUAUUUAAUGUUAAUAAGAAUGACAAAAGUAAGAAGGACAAUGGUAGUAAUAGAGGAAAUAUCAAAUUUUAAGGAAAAAACAGCAGUUAUUUAUUCUCUAUUUUGUUUAAUCUAUUCUCUGUUAUUAAUAUCUCAUUUCUGUGCUUGUUUAUUUCAUUACUUUGCCAUUUUAGAAGUAGAUUUAGGUUAUUCACAUACAUGGUUACAUCAAUAAGAUAUUUAUGAAGCCAAUGUGUAUGUGAAGUAUUUUACAUCUCUUUAUUGGGUGACCAUAACUUCAAUGACAGUUGGAUAUGGAGACAUUAUACCUGUUACUAUUCCUGAGAAAAUUUUGGUAACAGGUUUUACAUUUGUAGUAGUAGGUACUUUUGGUUAUGCGUUGGGUAUGAUUUAAAGUAUCUUUUAUAAAUUGGCUGAAUAAUAGAAUAUUAAUAAUUCUAAACUUAGACUUGUGAGUAAUCAUAUUAAAUAAAGAGGUUUAAAUACAUAAUUAUAAUUUCGAGUGAGAAAAUAUAUAGAAUACUAUUUAUAAUUUAAAUAAGAAGAAGAAUUAGAUUUAGAUGAAUUGAUAGGAUAAUUAAAUCCAAAAUUAAAAUAAGAAGUCUAAAUUGCAAUGUAUUAUAGUUAUUUUAAAUAAUCAAAACUAUUUGGAUCAAAUUUAUCUGAAGAUACAUUGAAGAAAUUAUGUUUUUGUAUACAUGAAAAGACUUAUGCACCAGAAGAAUUUAUAAUUAAGAAGGAUGAUCAUCCAGAUAAAGUUUAUAUACUAUUAGCUGGAAAAGUGAAGUCAGUAUUAUUGGAUAGAACAAUAAAAAGAUAUACAAGUGGAAUAUUGUUUUGUGAAAGAGAAUUCUUUUUUUAAGAUUAUAUGUAAUUUGAUAUUGUAGCAUAAACAUUUGUCUAAGUUGCUUAUAUAACUAAGAAUGAAUUCUUAUCAAUUUUAUAGAAAGAUAGAAGAUAAUAUGAAAAAUAUAGACUUAUACUUGAUAAAACUCAAUUUGGAGAUAAUACUAAUUAAAUAAAAUGUGAAGCUUGUUCUAGUCAUCAUUAAUUUAAACAUUGUCCUUUAGUUUUUUUAAGGAAAAAUAAAAAUAAAGUUAUUUCAGUAUAUAAUAGUAGUGUUGAUCAUUGUAGAUAACCAUUUAUUAGAUAAAAGAAAAGAAAGAGAUUUAAUGUACUACUUAUUAGAGAAAAGGCUUUAGAAUAAAUGCUUGAACAUUAAAAAUCAAUACCUUAGGUUGAUAAUAAAUUACUUAUCAGAUUAGGAUUCCCAAAAUAAGAAGAAGAUGAUCUCGAUUUCCCUGAAUAGACAAUUGGAUUACAUUCUCAUUAAUAAUCUUUAAAUUAAUAAGAUAUGAAGAAUUUACUUAAGAGUAAAUUAUUUUAAUAAGUAAGCAAUAGAAGUCUAUUAAUACCAAAUACUAAUAGUCUUCAUAAUUAAUUUAGUAAUUAGAUAAAUAAUUAAAAUUAUGAAAACCAAGAUGAUCCUAAUCCAUAAAUAUAAAAUAAUGAUUUGAAUAUAGACAAAGUAUCAGAAUUUGAAAAAUAUUAUCCUCACUUCAAUAUCACUAAAGUAUCUAAAUUAAUAAAUAAUUCCCAUGUUUAUAAUAAAGUCUUAUAGAUGAUUAGAGGUCACAAAAGUAAAUUUGCACAUUAUAUUGCUCGCUAAAUUAUGUAUAAAAUAAUAUGA